CACUGUGCUUCCCUUAUCCCUCAUUUCACCUGUGUUUCAGGAACGUCCUCAGACUCCUCAACUGAAAAUAUGAAGAAGCAAGGUUCAGAAAGCAAUCCUGGUCCAGUUUUGCCAGCACUGCCAGAACCACUCAAAGACCUGAAAAUUAAGUACACCAAGAUAUUUAUAAAUAAUGAAUGGCAUGAUGCUGUCAGUGGUAAAAAAUUUGAAGUCUUUAACCCUGCAAAUGAAGAGAAAAUCUGUGAGGUUGAAGAAGGAGACAAGGCAGAUGUAGACAAGGCAGUCAAAGCAGCUAGAAAAGCUUUUGAGCUUGGGUCACCGUGGCGUACAAUGGAUGCUUCAGAGCGAGGAAGGCUCUUGAACAAACUAGCUGACUUAGUUGAAAGAGAUCGACUCAUUUUAGCUACAAUGGAAGCCAUUGAUGGUGGGAAACUCUUUUCCACUGCCUACCUAAUGGAUUUAGGUGCCUGUAUCAAAACAUUACACUACUGUGCAGGCUGGGCUGAUAAAAUCCAUGGGCGUACUGUUCCAAUGGAUGGAAAUUUUUUUACAUUUACAAGACAUGAGCCUAUCGGGGUGUGUGGCCAAAUUAUUCCUUGGAACUUCCCAUUGGUUAUGUUCAUCUGGAAGAUCGCCCCUGCUCUUUGUUGUGGAAACACAGUGGUUGUCAAACCAGCAGAACAAACUCCACUGACUGCCCUUUACAUGGGAUCCUUAAUUAAAGAGGUAA